UGUCUGGACACCUUUAGCAAGGGAAUCUUAUUAUUAUGUUCCAAAGUGAAUAAUUUGGACUCAGAGGAGGAGUUAGAACUAUAGGACUUGAACCCAAGAGAAGUUGCCUCAUCAGGAUCUGCUCACUUGGUUUCCCUAAAGCUCCCUCUAGAUCGGACUCAACUGUUCAUCAUGACAGAUGUUCCAGCGACUUUUAGUCAGGCUGAGUGUAAUGGGGACAAACCACCUGAAAAUGGUCAACAACCAAUCACUAAAAUCAAUGAGGAAUUGACUGAUGGGAGUGGAGUACCACCACAAUCCAGGAUAGAAUCCAAUCCUGAAGAUGUACCCACAGAAGGAAAUCAGAAGGAAGCUGGAAAGUUACAAGGGAACAUGCUGUUCAACUGGUCCAGGGAUGACAAGAGUCUAAAAGAAAAUACAGAAGAGAAGCUCUUUAUUGUUCAUAAGGCUGUCACAGAUCUUUCUGUCCAAGAAACAAGUGCUGAUGAAAUGGCAUUCAGAGAAGGGCGUCAGUGGGAGAAGAUUCCUGUGAGCAGUAGCCACCAGGAGACAAGUAGACGGAGGGAAAGGAUUGGCAAACAACCCAUAGAAGAGAGAGAAGACGAAGGUCAGAAGAAUGAAGCUUACCGGGCAACUGAAAUAGAAUGGUUGGGAUUUCGGAAACCUGGCCAAGUUGGAAUGUUGCGCUCCAAACAUGAUGAGGAGCAAAAGGUGAGGGAUAAAGGAAUGGAUGAUGAUGAUGAAGAUGAUGAUGAUGAUGAAGAAGAUGAAGUUCGAGUGACAGAAUUUAAGAAAAUACAUGAAGAGGGUUCUUCAUUUCAAGAGGAAGACGAGGCAAGUGAGGACUCCCCGCUGAGCAGCGCCAGUCCCCAGCUGACACCCGAUGAGCAGCCAAGCCUAGGAAAGAAGAGUGAUAUCUCCAGGAAUGCUUAUUCACGAUACAACACAAUUUCCUACCGGAAAAUCCGGAAGGGGAACACCAAGCAAAGAAUUGAUGAAUUUGAGUCGAUGAUGCAUUUAUAAACUAACUGGAACUGAGAAGGUCUCACUCGCACUAAAGCAAAAGCUAAUUCUGUCGUCCUGAUACGCAUGUUCUUAUGCUUUAUUGGAGUUACUCCCUUGAAAGGUGUGGAAGCUUAGUUCUUUUUUUACUAUAGAAUAAGGUGGAAAUAACCCUAGACAAAAUUCUGGCUGAUAACCUCACAUCAAAAAGCAUUAGAUUCAUUCUUGGGCAUUUGCUUUUAAAAACUCCACUAAUAUAGCAGGUGUGAUAAGCAGCAGCCAGCCAGCCUCCUGGGUAAUCUGGCACGGUUUGGCUGGGAGGGGUGUCAUGGAGUAAAGUGACCAUGAGAAAUGACUCUGUUUCUUUUGGUGCAUUUCUUCUUAUGUCUUGGGGUGAUAAAAAAAUUUGAAUUAAACUUCUCUUACUUUUAAACAUGGUCGUACAGGCUCUGGCUGUAAAAUUCCAAAAUUCUUUACCUUUCUUAUUAUUACCAAAAAAUAUUUUAAGUGCUUUCCUUGGCAUCUACAGAGUGAAAAUUCAUUAGGUCUCCUUCCUAGGUCCUACCACUCACUGAAUCUCCUCCCCAGAGGGACUGAGUAAUUGUCAGUCAGGAGAAUUCUGUUUGCUUUAUGCUUUCAAACUGAAUUAAACCCAUUGUGAGGUUGAUACAAGGAGGGGCUAGAAGAUGGGUGGGCGAUAGACUAAAGAGUUACAUUGGAUAGUUUUAUUUCUGUGACUGAAAAUAAAAUCGUGUCUAGCACAGUAAAAGUCAUUAAAAAUAAAAAUGACAGCGUUAGCACAAUUUUAAGAAAAUGCCCCUCUUUAUUACCACAUUUUCUCUUAUUAACAGUAUCUCAGAAUAAUUUUCUUUCCUUGGAAACCUGAGACAACGCUAGUCAUAACUGUACUAGUUACUAUGAAAAUGGAAAUAAUUAUCUUAGAAUAUUUUCAAAGUAGAGCGUGAGCAUGUAUUUUUAGUGAGAAGCUCUGAUAGUUGUUGGGAAUAUAUAAUUUACUGGACCUCAGCCCAAAUCAAGAUGCUUAAAAUUGUACUUGUGGAGUUUCACUCAAACCAAUGUGUCAAAUAAUGUAUUGAAUAUUUAUGAAAAGAGAAUCUAUAUAUAUAUUCUUAGAUAGUUUGUUCCACAAUUUUUCAUUUCAUGCUUCCGUAUAUAUUACCCUAAACUUUCUGAAAGAUUUUUUUGGCAUUGCAAAUAAAAAGACAAUUCCUUAUUGUCUGAAUGUAAAACAGUCUUCAUUGUACCAUUCAACCCUUUGUUUAUUUCUUUUUCAUUUUGCGAAAAACCCUGGCUUAGUCCUUCUUACAUUAUUGCUUAUUUAUGUGUAACAAAUCCCACAAAUUCUAAUAACAGCUUCUUUAAUUCUUCCUGGUCAUAUAAUAUAUUUCCAUAGUAUCACAUACUAUUCUUUAGUGUUUACAAGACUUAAUUUUGAAUUCAGGAUUGAAGUAUUCCUUUCAUUCUUUCAAAAAAAAAAUACUUUAUAUCCUGACCAUAUAAGACUUCAGUUACCCUGAAUUCUUAGAACCUGUAGAUUUCAUUCGUGACAGUGUGAGUUUUCAGAAGAAAGUGAGGGAAAUCAGGUCUUUAUUGAUAAAGUGAGGUAAAAGAUUGAGGAGCCAGGAAAGUUUCCUGUUUAAUUUAGAUUUUCUGAAUCUCCCUAGCUGGACAACAUAUUUGGUUUUCUGGAUUACUGAUGACUGCUGUAAUUUUCUACUUAACUUCAAAGCACAGUAUUGUGUUAUCUGUCAUGUAAUAGGAGCAUAUUGUUAACCCGCCUUCAAAAGAGUUAUUCCAACAAAGGAGAUGAAUUUCUGUAGGACCUGAGUGAGGUGAGUGGCCUGCAACUAUCUAACAUGGUAAAGCAACUGGCUCUUAUAGGGCUCUAACCAUAUGUAGUAACUCUGGUCUGUUUAAUUUUGUGCCUUCACCAGACAACUAACUAUGGAAGUUUUUGUGAACAGAAACUAUUUCAGGGUAUGUUCAAUUGGUAAAUGCUUCAUGUUCAUGGAUGAAGGAAUGCAGUUCCAAAACAGCAUGGGAGCUAUCCUUUGGCUUUGGUGUCUACUGUCCUAUACAGCCGUCUUUCACCAAGGCCACGGAGCUAAGUGACCUUAAGUACCGUGAUGGUGAUGGUUGAUCAUUUGAGUCUUUGUAACCUAGGAAAGAUAUCUGAUUCAGAUUGCAUGGCGGAUAGUUAACAUAUUUGAAACUUGUAUGGAACAUGAUUAAGAACAAAAACUGGUAACUACAUAUAAAGGUUGAUCUAAGGUUUUGUGAUUUGGGGUUCAGGAGUGGUGAGGAUUCUGGUACCUGAUAGGAAGGAGAAAUAAUUUAUUACAUAAAUGCUGAUAUUUGUCACAUGACAUUUUGUUUUCCUUUGUUGCUGGUUGAACAGGAAUUAAUAAUAGCUUUACUUUCUGCCAAUAUAAAAUUUACCUUUCAUAUAAACCUUCAUUUGCAAACACAGAUUUUGCCAAUUUUUUCUUUUUCUACCUAUUUAUCUAUAUCUAUAUCUAUCUAUCUAUCUACUUAUCUGCAAUUUAAAUAAAGAACUGCUGUGUCUGA